GAUUUCUGCUCUCACUUUGUAAGAAUGUAUAGACUGUGGGACGAUAGAACAACUUGAUGUAUUUUACAUGUACAUGCAUGUAUGCAUGCAGCGACUGCUCAAUAGUUCUAUUCAUAGUGAUGAUCAUCUUUGCCAUCAUUCUGUGCUACUGGGACAAAACAAGAAGUAAGUGAUUUUUUCUCACUUCUAGGUUGUGUGGAAUUACAGAACUGAAAGUAUCAUCAUGAAAUUGAAUUUGUUUAUGCUGACUCAGAACAUUCUUGUGUACCCAAUGUUUACAUAGCUAAAUCUCACAUCAAUAAUCUUCUACAACUGAGACAAGCACCUUGUGAUCUACUGGAAGAAUGAGGAUUGUACCUUCAUAUAUUUUCUUGGUUGUGUUGAGCCUUCACCAAAAAGGCACAAAUGCUGUGAGCAGUUUAGCAGUCAGUAGCGGUGGUGGCACUGUGAUUGAUGGGGGCCUCCAAUUGUGUCCAGGCACUACCGUCAGCCUCACCUGUUCUCAUGACAGCACUAGCGAUCUGACUCGUUGGGAAAUUGGUGCUCCCAUAGAGUGUACUGCCAUUGCUCCCCACACUACCAACCCAAGCAUUGCUCUGUGUGGAAAUUCAACCAUUAAUAUGGUCAGUGCUAUGAAUCAACCCACAAGGAUGUCUACUCUUAUAUUGGCAAGUCACUGAGUCACUGAAUGGUACUGUGGUGACUUGUUAUGCUGGUGGUUCUACAUCUGAUCCUCAAGCUGGGAACUUAACUAUACAAGUUAUUGGUCCUCCUUCCACUCCAACUGUUGACAGUAUGGAAUAUUCAGUGGGCGACUCAACUACCGGACGAUUCAGAUUCUUGGUCAGCAGUAGCGGAAGGUUUAGGACAGAGGUCGCUAUUUCUGCCGGUGUGGUUGGAGGCAGUGGCACAGUGGAAGUGAUCGACAACAACAUCACUGUGACUGGAUUAAGCUACACUGGGUCUCACACUGUCAGUGUAGUGGCUACCAGUGAUGUGUGUCCAGGAGUGCUGAACAGCAUCACUGUCGUUCCUGUGGUGUUCAACAUAACAUCCCUUGUACUGACUCAACCCAAUGGAUCCAUUGUCUGUUCCAAUCCGUCAUUGCCAAUCAGUGGAUCAUGGAGUGCAAUGGAGGGAGUGCAGACCAGCUUUUACCCAGCAGUUCAGUUGACUCCUCCCCCAAUUGGCACACCGAUCGUAACCUACACUUCAGCCGGGCGUAAUGACAGUGCAGUGUUUGUUCCUGAUUCAUCCUACCAGCUCACGGACACAGUUGAGAAUGAUGUGUACACUUUCACUGUGACUGUGACUAAUGCGGCUGGAUCAAGCAGUGAAGUAUCUGAAGGAUUUUUUGUUACUCCUUUUGUUGUUGAUAAUAGUACGCUGGAAACAAUGAAUUGCCUCACAUUCUCUCUCGGUUAAAACUGUGCUUCUGAGCCAAGUGGAAAUUUCAUCGUUCGGUUUGAACAAGGAAAUGGUGUUUGUCGAGACUUGGUUCCAUCAGAUUUCAGCACAUCCACCAUACAACUGAUGCCGAGGUCGGCUUGUGCACCCGUGGUUUCAACCACUUACCUGUGUUAUCGUGCAACUCUGAUAUAUAAUGGGAUUAUAAUUGACACUCGGACUAAUCUCAACUUUAACACAUGCCCCGUGACCACUCUCUCAUCAUUCAUGACCAGUGGAGUGUCCAUGCAGCUGGACGGGGAGGUUAGUACUAAUGGCAACGUAUCUCACAUCACCACUGCUACUCUGAGCUGUACCUCGACUAUCUAUGAUUUGAUUGGUUCACCUCAAAUCACUUGCAUUGAUGGAAGUUGGGAACCAGCUGGAUUGAGAUCAUGCAUGUUUGCUGUUUGGCUGAUUGUGGUGAUCAUUCUUGUAAUACUAACACUGGCUUGUGCAAUUGGAUUUGUCUGUGGAUUGCUGACAGCUCGAUGCCUGCCCUCUCUUCUCAACGGACUUGCCAAAAAGAAAUGUUGGGCAACUUUGGUGAUUAUUCUUCUUGUCUUCUUGUUCUGUUUCGGUGUUGGGGUGCUCUUUUACAUUUGUUGCCGUAAACGAGACUCGAAACACAAAUCAAAGUUGGACACAGUUCCCGCUGAAACAGGACUCAGUCUGCCAGUUGCGAUAUACGAAGAACUAGAAGACAUACCAGACCCCCACACUCAGCGCAACCUCGUUUAUGGCAGUGUUCAACAGUCAACUGACCCAAGAAAACCAAUAUACGAGGACAUUAAACCAGUCCCCCACACCCAGGGAAACGUUGCUUAUGGACAUGUGCAAUUCAAUUAAUUUUAAACAGUGAGUCCAUUGAUUACUGUCUAUUAUUUUCAUUACUUUGUAUAACUUUAAUUUUCUUGUUCACACGUUUUUAGCAGUCUGUACAAUUCAUGAAUUCUUACUCAAGUGUUUGAGUGGAGAGCUUGUACCAUUUA